GAGGGGAGUACGAAACCUUAACACUGGAUUGUCCUGCAUUCAAAAAGCAAAUUAACUUGUAUGUUCAACUCAAUUAUUUUAAUGAAACCUCUCAGAAAAAUAGAGUAGAGACGGAAGUCGUUAUCCAAGACGAUAAAGACUUCGCGACAGUUGCAUAUUUAAGGAUCAAGUCGGCUACUCUACAGACCAAGGCCGUAGUUCAAGAUGUGGGAUCACACACACCGAACCUUCCAUUACUUGGUGAUAUUGGUCAAUACAUCUAUUCGAUCACACGAGCGGCAGGACUACCUGAUCCAGUUCAACGAGAUGUGGCUUCUACCUUCCAAAUGAGCAACAAUACAUCUCUCCAGCCCUCCAUACAACGAAUUGGUAAUUGGAUUGCCAUAGGGAGUAUCUCUUGUGGCACAGAAGGCCCAGUCACUAUUGAAGAUCAAACAUUAUUCAGCUUUCAACUGUUGAAAGGUGACAACUUUGACUCUAAAUCUCAAUGGCGCUAA